CGUGCCAAUGUGUAUAUUCGCCCAUCUCGCUUCUUUCGCGUCUUCUCCAUAUUGACCUCCUUUCUUCGAUCGCCGCACGACGUUUGGAGCGUUCGCGACUUUCGACGUUUUCAAUUCAUUUUGAGCCGAAUCCGGGUGUUACACACGGUCCUCGCCUGUUCUCUUCACGUCUCCCCACCAUGAGCCUCGCGCACGAGAAUACCGAUAUGGAAAAGCAUCCCAACGGCUCCCCACCUCCAGUUUAUGAUUCCCUAGCGGAUCACGCCAAAGGACGUCAGUCCAAUCUCCAUGGCGAGGAUGUUGCCAUUGUCCACUCAGACCAAAACGAGCUCAGGCGUGACUUGAAGGGCCGCCACAUGCAGAUGAUUGCCAUUGGCGGUGCUAUUGGCUCUGGUCUGUUCAUUGGUUCGGCCUCAUCUUUCACCACUGGUGGACCCGCCGCUGUUAUCAUCGGGUUUACAGUUAUCGGAAUUAUGAUGUACCUGAUGAUGCAAGCAUUGGCCGAGCUCGCGGUCAUGUAUCCUAUUAAUGGAGCCUUCACCAUGUACAUCUGUCGCUUCAUCGAUCCAUCCUGGGGCUUUGCCUGUGGGUGGCAAUACGCCAUUAGUUGGCUCACUGUGCUGCCUUUCGAGAUCUCCGCUGCUUGCAACAUCAUCCACUACUGGCCAGGAUCGGAGGGCAUCAAUAAUGCGGCGUGGAUCACACCGCUUCUCGCUGGUUUGAUCUUCAUUCAAAUCUUCGGUGUCAAGGGUUAUGGCGAGGUCGAGUUUUUCCUAUCGAUCAUAAAGAUUCUAGCUUGCCUAGGGUUCAUGAUCUUGGGCAUUAUCAUUAAUGUUGGAGGUGUGCCAACCGACAACAGAGGUUACAUUGGCAACAAAUACUUCAAGGAACCUUAUACCCAUGCGGGGUUUCUUAACGGCUUUCAUGGCUUCUGCGGCGUUUUCGUCAAUGCAGCAUUCGCAUACACUGGCACCGAGCUUACUGGCCUGGCGGCAGCUGAGACAGCCAACCCAAGGAAAGAGAUUCCCAAGGCGUCGAAGCAAGUCAUCUACCGGAUCCUGAUCUUCUACGUUGUCAACCUUGCUCUAGUUGGCCUCGUUGUGCCCGUCAACAAUGAGGCACUCAACGGUGAUGUUGGCGCCAGUUCACUGCAUUCACCUUUCGUAGUUGCUAUCCAGCUUGCUGGUAUCAAGGUCCUCCCAUCAAUCUUCAAUGCCGUCAUCCUUAUCGCGGUCAUGAGUGUCGCCAACGCUUGCACAUUUGGAUCCACACGCACGAUGCAGGCUCUUGCGGCGAACGGUAUGGGCCCGAAAUUCACCGCCUAUGUCGAUAAGAAGGGCCGUCCACUCGUCGUGGUGGUCAUUCAGCUCCUGUUCGGACUGUUGGCAUACAUCAAUCUCGCUCCCAACGGCGGAGAUAUCUUCACCUGGUUGCUGUCCUUGUCUGGCAUCACUGUACUCUUCGUCUUUGGCAGUAUUGCCAUUGCACACAUCCGCUUCCGCAAAGCUUGGCUUGCGAGCGGCCACACUCUUGAUGAAAUUCCAUACAGAGCCUCGUUCGGUGUUUGGGGCUCUUGGGUAUGCUUUGCCAUCAACGCCAUUGCGCUCAUCGCCCAAUUCUACGUCGCACUCUAUCCAGUCGGUGGAUCUCCCAACGUCAAGGCUUUUUUUGAAACCUACAUGGCAGCACCCUUCUUGAUUAUCUUGUACUUUAUCUGGAAGGUCUACAGCUGGUUCAAGCAUCCUUCGCACCGCCCAUUGUGGAUUGCAACUAAGGACAUUGACAUCUAUACUGGGAUGAGGCAGGAACAAAGAGAGCUGAUCAGCGGCGAAGAUGUGACCGCAGAGACGAGACGCGCGAGCAUCCAGGAGAUUCAAGAUGAGAAGAAGAAAAGGGGUGUCAAGGACUACAUCAUGGCGGGCGUUCAUUCAAUUUUCUAGUGGUGGAAAUUGCCUUGCUGAUGAACAUACAUCGUUCGUUGCGUAGACCGACCAAUAUAACUGCUAGUACUUCCAGAGUCUAUUGCUACGUCCGAAAAAUUUCGAUACUUUCGUGGCGUUCAUAAGUCUCUGUGCAUCUAUCUUGACACAAUUGACAGAUGCACAUACUAUCAACCAGACCUUAUGUCAGAACCCAAGGUAUCCCAUACCUCAGCUUUCCGGUCACGGGACAUCCGUCGAGACAGGGCGUAACCAAGGACGAUUAGGCCCAAACUAGGAAGCUGUCGGAUCUAGUCCGACAGCGAUUCUUCUCUCCUAUAAUCUACUUUGGUUGCUCGUCUUGUACCUAUCUACAUUG